AUGUUUAAUUCUUUCGAUGGAAACUACAAAUCAAAACGUAAUAUCAAUCUUGGUGGUCAGAAAAAGCAAGAAGACAAAGAGGCACUUGCAUUUUAUCGUGGUAGAACUGUCACUGGAAAUCUGCGUGAUCAGGAGCGAGCAUCAUGGGAUCAACAAGCAGAAAUGAUUCUUCGCUCAGAUAUUUCCAAACGUGAUGUGGCCAUGACCCUGAUUAAUCUAGUUCGCAGCUUCCUCUUUUUCUAUCGUCCUAUUAGUGACAGUCAGAGGGAAUUGUGUUUAUGCGAGAUCUUGAGAAAGCGAAAUCUCGACUCCGAGAUAAUAUCCAUACCAUUUCAUUACGAGGAUCUGCGUGACACAUGGACCUUUCAAUUGAAAAAGAUCUUGCAGAUCUUUCUUAAAAGUGUCGGAUCAAAUUUCACAUAUGAUAGGAAGAAUGCGGUUCAUUAUUUGGAGGCCUUGAUAUUGACUGUGGGUGUUGAAAAGUAUGGCUCGUCAGAUCAGUCGGUCGGUGGCAGAGAAAUGGUUCAAGGAAUUUUAGAUUAUUUGAUAAACUGCGGCCUAUAUCAUGAAUUAAGAGAAUACUUGUUAAAUUUGACAACGGAAGAAAAAAAUAAUCCCGCAACUCGGUCAGUUGCGAAUCUUUUAGUUCACCCGUUCCGUGUUCUCACCUCUUCUCAUCCGACCUAUCAAUUGGCUCUGCGAGAAUUUAUUGCUCACAUCUUCACCAUACAGUUGUUACCAAAUCGUCUCGGCAAAGACGCCUUGAUCACGAUUUCACUUUGGUCGUUACUAAAUGACCUCAUAUUGAGGCUAUCAAUAAUGGCGAGAGAUGAGUGGAAUGCGGAACAAGCUAGUAUACUGCUAAGUAAUUUGCUGGCAUUCACGCAUCGUAUGGUCAAACAGAUGAGUAACCCUGUAAUUCUCGCUUAUUUGACGGUUCUUGGGAAUUUAUCUCUACAAAUUCCCAUUUGGUCGCUUGUGGACAGGUCUGCACCCGGGGCAAUUGGUAAUUAUUUUUCAAACGUGUCGUCAUUUCAAGAACUGGAGGUAAAUGAAGAAGAUUCAGACGAUGAUAUAAUGGUCCAAGAUCGUUAUUCGCAUAUCAAAAUCGAUCCAGGAACCCUAAAGAGGAUCUCCUAUAUAUUUGACCAACAGCACUUAAUCUCAGUGUUCGAUUUUGCGAGACGCGCGGAUUACGCAGCUCUUCUCAAGGUCACCAAUUUCUUACUUACAUUGAUGAUACGUUGGCCUUCAAAGAAGGAGGAACUGUUAAAUAACAUAACAUACGGGAUAUUUUCCAUGUCGGAGAACCGUUUGUCAAUUAAUUCAAUAUGGGAGGCAUUUAAGAAAUCAGAUUUGGCACAGCUACUUCCAACUAGUCAAUCUAUACCUCCUAAUUGCUUUACUGAUUCAGCAUACUCGGAGCAAUGGGGAAUGCUCGCUCUGAUGUGUGAGUUGUUUAGUCAAGUUCUGCGUAUAAUGGGUGAUGAUGAAUUUUUUGAUGAGAACAGAAAUCCCCUUAAACUCUCGGAGAUAGUCAACAUGUCCACCAUCUUGAAGAAUGUUGGAUUCACCUUGUACUGGAGUAGCCUUUCGCUCAAAAUGGAAAGUACUAUCGACGGUGGUUGCAUCUCCUUAAUCUACUUGAGAGACAUUGUCACCCGAUUACUAAGGCAGAUCCAUGCAAGAGAUUCCCGACGUCGAUUCACUUCACUCAAUCACUGGUUAAUGCUGUCCGAAUCGGAGAUGAACACUUUCGCGAGGACGGUUGUUGAUGAAGAUCAAGAGCUCGAAAGAGAUCGGGGAAAAAUAAACAUGGACAGACGUCGGUUGAUGUCAAUUAGUCCACGGCUCGGAAUCUUAUAUAACAUUCCUUUCGUGAUACCCUUUGAUGAGCGCGUAAGAAUCUUCAGACAAUUCGUUCGUAACGAUCGUGAACGAUCUCCCGGUCACCAUCAUUUCUUCGAGCCCCGUCAUCGUGUUACCAUUCGUCGCGAUCACAUAUUUGAAGACGGGUACACUCACCUCAAUAGCGCGGGGGCAAGGUUAAAAGAUUUCGUAGGUAUUCAAUUCAUCGAUGAAUUUGGAAUGCAAGAGGCUGGCAUUGACGGCGGCGGCUUGUUCAAGGAAUUUUUAACUUCGUUGACGCGCAUCGCCUUUGAUACAAAUUAUGGCCUGUUCCUUAGUACGAAGGAGCAACUUUUAUAUCCUAAUCCGCAUGGUGACGCUUCCUCCGUUAACUCAAUUUUUGACAUGUGUUUAGAAACUCAACUCAGUUACUACGAGUUCAUCGGUCGCAUACUGGGUAAGGCGCUGUACGAUGGAAUCUUGGUAGACGCCGCGUUCUCUGGAUUUUUCCUUAGCAAGUGGCUCGGAAGGUCGUCAUAUUUGGAUGAUUUACCCUCCCUUGACCCAGAAUUAUAUCAAGGUUUGAUUAUCUUAAAAAAUUAUAAGGGAGACGUGGAAUCCGAUCUAUCGUUGAAUUUUACCGUGGUUGACAACGAAUUCGGUGAGCAACGUACCGUCGAACUGAUGGAGGGAGGUAGCGAAAUGCCGGUCACCAACAGUAACCGUAUCCGCUACAUAUACUUGAUGGCAGAUUAUCGGUUAAAUAAGCAAAUAGAGCGUCAAUGCAAGGCAUUCUUCCGUGGAUUGUCAGAUUUGAUAGAACCGAAAUGGUUGAGAAUGUUUAAUCAGCAAGAACUCCAAAUCCUCGUCGGAGGAGCAUACAUUCCCAUCAAUCUUGAAGAUUUACGACAAAAUACCGUGUAUGCCGAGUACAAAGACGAUGAUCCCAUUAUCAUUAGUUUUUGGAAAGUUGUUUCAGAAUUCUCCGAGGAACAAAAGCAAAAAUUAAUAAAAUUUGUUACUUCAUGCUCUCGACCACCUUUACUUGGAUUCAAAGAGCUUAAUCCCAAGUUCAGUAUACGAAAAGCUGGUUCUGGAACUAGGCUACCUUCAUCGAGCACCUGUGUUAAUUUAUUAAAAUUACCCGAAUACCCCGACGAAGAUACAUUAAGAGAGUAUGUCUCGGUCUUUGAUGAUAAUAUGUUCGAGUCCGUCUGCUAA